GCGUGACGUCACAGUACUAAGAGGCCAUUCAUAUAAAACGAGAUCACAUAUGCUAAUCCUCAGUACUAAGUGUCUCACAAAUAAUAUCACUACUACUACUACUAAAAUGGCUUUCAAGUUUGUAGUCUUCAGUUGCCUGGUGGCAGCGGCAAGCGCUGGUCUAUUGCCUACCGCGCCUGUGGCCUAUUCCGCCCCUCUGAGCUACACAAGCCACGCUGUCCACGCUUCACCGUUAGCUUACGCAGCUCCCAUCGCCAAGGUCGCCGUGGAGGAGUACGACCACAACCCACAGUACACCUUCGCCUACGACGUGCAAGACGGCCACACCGGCGAUUCUAAAGCCCAGCAUGAAACUCGCAACGGUGAUGUGGUCCAAGGAUCUUACUCCGUAGUUGACCCUGACGGCGUUAAGCGUACCGUUGAAUAUACCGCUGACCCUCACAAUGGGUUCAAUGCUGUCGUCCACAGAGAGCCUCUAGCUGUGAAAGCUGUCGCUCCAGUGGCUUAUGCUGCUCCUAUCGCGAAAGUCGCUCCGAUAGUCCACGCCCCCGUCGCCUACUCUUCACCACUUUACCAUCAUUAAUAUAUAAAUUAUUGUAAUAAAGCAUUUAGUG